GGAAGUGCUGGCUCUCUGGGAGCUGUCACCGUGGACCGCGGCGGCGGCGACGGCGGCGGCGGCGGCGCAUCGCCGGUAGUAGAGCCGCCGAGGUCCCCACACCGGACAUUCUCAUUACUGUCUUUGGAAGGAGGGUCACGCAGCACAAUGCCAGCUCUGCCCCUGGACCAACUCCAGAUCACCCACAAGGACCUGAAGACAGGAAAGCUGAGGACUUCACCAGCGCUGCACCCUGAGCAGAAGGCAGACCGGUAUUUUGUGUUAUACAAACCGCCCCCUAAAGACAACAUUCCCGCCCUAGUGGAGGAGUACCUGGAACGCGCCACCUUCGUAGCCAAUGACCUCGACUGGCUCCUGGCCUUGCCUCACGAUAAAUUCUGGUGCCAGGUUAUCUUCGAUGAGACCCUGCAGAAGUGCCUGGACUCCUACCUACACUAUGUCCCCCGAAAGUUCGAUGAGUGGGUGGCCCUGGCCCCCGAGGUUGUUGACAUGCAGAAGCGCCUCCAUCGAAGCGUUUUUCUCACCUUCCUCCGCAUGUCCACUCACAAGGAAUCCAAAGAUCACUUCAUUUCCCCCUCUGCAUUUGGAGAAAUCAUCUACAAUAACUUCCUGUUUGACAUCCCAAAGAUCCUGGACCUCUGCGUGCUCUUUGGAAAAGGCAACUCGCCGCUGCUCCAGAAGAUGAUAGGAAACAUCUUUACCCAGCAGCCAAGUUACUAUAAUGACCUGGAUGAAACGAUGCCCACCAUCCUUCAGGUCUUCAGCAAUAUCCUCCAGCACAGUGGUUUGCAAGGGGACGGGGCCAGUGCCACACCCCAGAAGCUUGAAGAGAAGGGCCGGUUGACCCCCAGUGACAUGCCUCUCCUGGAAUUAAAGGACAUUGUUCUCUACCUUUGUGAUACCUGCACUACGCUCUGGGCCUUUCUGGAUAUCUUCCCUUUGGCUUGCCAAACCUUCCAGAAACACGACUUCUGUUACAGACUUGCUUCCUUUUAUGAAAUAGCAAUUCCUGAGCUGGAGUCUGCAAUUAAGAAGAGGAGGCUUGAAGACAGCAAGCUGCUAGGUGACUUGUGGCAGAGGCUGUCCCAUUCCAGGAAGAAGCUGCUGGAGAUUUUCCAUAUCCUUCUGAACCAGAUCUGCCUUCUCCCUGUCCUAGAAAGCAGCUGCGACAGCAUUCAGGGCUUCAUUGAAGAGUUCCUUCAGAUCUUCAGCUCUUUGCUGCAGGAGAAGAGGUUUCUCCGGGACUAUGAUGCACUCUUCCCUGUGGCCGAUGAUGUCAGCUUGCUGCAGCAGGCUUCGUCAGUCUUAGAUGAGACACGGACUGCCUACAUCCUCCAGGCAGUGGAGAGUGCGUGGGAGGGGGUAGACCGACGGAAAGCCACAGGUGCUAAAGACCCACCAGUGGCUGAGGAUCUUAAUGGGAUUAUGGCGACAGCAGAGCCAGUCAGUGGACCGUCAUCACACCUGGAAACCUCGGAGGAAGUAGAGUGCUUGGGGGCAGCUGCUGCCCUGGACCCCCCCGUGAGUGGUGUGGAGCUGGACUCCCUCAUCUCCCAAGUGAAAGACCUGCUCCCGGACCUCGGUGAGGGCUUCAUCCUGGCCUGCCUGGAGCACUAUGGCUAUGACCCGGAGCAGGUGAUCAACAACAUCCUGGAGGAGCGGCUGGCCCCUGCCCUCAGCCAGCUGGACCGCAGCCUAGACAGACAGGUGAAGCCAGACCCGACGCCUCUACUGACUUCUCGUCACAACGUCUUCCAGAACGACGAGUUUGACGUGUUCAGCAGGGACUCAGUGGACCUGAGCCGGGUACACAAGGGCAGAAGGAAGGGGGAGAACACGAGGAGCCUGCUGAACGACAAGCGGGAGGUGGUGGCUCAGCGGCAACGCUAUGAGCAGUAUAGUGUGGUGGUGGAGGAGGUGCCACUGCAGCCAGGUGAGGGCCUGUCCUACCGUGGUGAUGACUAUGAGGACGAGUAUGAUGACACGUAUGAUGGCAACCAGGUGGGUGCCAACGAUGCCGACUCCGACGAUGAGCUCAUCAGCCGCAGGCCCUUCACCAUCCCUCAAGUGCUAAGAACCAAAGUGCCCGGAGAAGGGCAAGAGGAGGAUGACGAGGAGGAGGACGAAGCUGAAGAGGAGGCCCCCAAGCCUGACCACUUUGUGCAGGACCCUGCAGUGCUGCGGGAGAAAGCAGAAGCCAGGCGCAUGGCCUUCCUCGCCAGGAGGGGGUACCGGCAUGACAGCUCGACGGCAGUGGCUGGCAGCCCCCGGGGCCAUGGGCAGAGCCGUGAGACAACCCAGGAACGCAGGAAGAAGGAAGUUAACAAGUCUGCACGAGCCAAUCACAACCGGAGGACCAUGGCCGACCGCAAAAGAAAUAAAGGCAUGAUUCCAUCCUGAAGCCACCACACCAGGGCCAUCUGGGAGGCAGUGGUGCCAAAUGUGCCAGGCUGCAAUUUCUAUAGCCCGGGGCCUCCUCAUCAGGGCCUCAAGUUCAGCUCGACCCCUCAACAGCCUCAGCUUUGCAGCCCCUGAGAAGCCGCCUCGUUGUCCACCAGCCAGCAGUGAGCACCUUCGUCAGAACACACAGUGCCUUAUCCCACAGCAGAGGAAUCCAUGGGGCCAGCGAGCAGGUGGAAGGGAUGGGGACAGAGCCCCAAGGCAAGCCCCCCAGACCUCGUGCAGCAAGACACCACUUCUCUUUUUCCCUGGACGGCAGGAAACCUGUAUAUUCAAAAACACAAACAAAAAAAGGCCUGCAAAUAAAGUGUUUAACCCUUUUAAGCAAUCAUCCAUGACGUGCUCUUGGCCCGCUAUCCCUGUGUCCCAUUCAUUCUUCAGUGACAGCCACUGUCUGGAGAGGAAGAGGGCUGGAUGUCGCCAUGUUCUUCUCAUGAACUUUUCGUGCUCGCCUCUCAUUGCAAACCCUCCUGAUGUCGCUCUGCCUUGCCGUGUGUCCCUGAGAACGUCACCCCCUUCUCUGAACCUCCAGUCCCAGCUUGUGGAAGAGAGGACUUAGGCUGUGAGUCCCCGCAGUCCUGUCUGUUACCUCAUUCAGUCACCACCACCUCCACCCAAGGAGGCAGGCGCUGACGUCUGUCCCAGAGUACAGAUGAGGCAGGCGAGGCACUCAGAGGUAAAGGUGCUGCCUAGGCCCCAGCUAGGAAGCGGGGCACAGGGAAGGACACUGAGUCUGAGCCCUGGCAUCUAUCGGGUUGUAGACCCCCGUGGGUGGUGUCACUGUCUCAGUUGGCCUGAGGAUGCUUGGCCAGCAGCAGAGCCAGUACCUGAACUCAGUGUCUCCUAGUUGCACAUAUACUCAAAUCCUCAAAAAUUGAGGGGUUGGAGAUCAGAAGAAACAAGUGAGGAUGUUACUGCCAAGCCCUGUUGGAGUGGGUGGGACUUGGGCCUAGUUCCCGAGAGUCUCCUCCCAGGCAGGGCCAUCUGGCUCCUAGCGUGGCAGCCGCUGCCAGGCAUCCUGACUCCUGAGCCCCCAGAAUGAUGCUGAACGAUGGUGGAUCAACAGGGGGGCAUUUGCUGGGCUGAUCCUAGCACAGCCUGGCCUGCAGUCCAUCAGGGGAAAGCCAGGGCCCCUGCCCAGCUGGACCUUGACAAAUCACUUUAGUUGCCAGUACAAUUUCUUUGCAUGUGGUUAGGAUGAGCAUCUGAAGCAGCGAGGCAGACAGGCGCUUGAUGAAUUGGUUUUUUUAGGUCAGCCCGCACAAGUGAAAAUCAAUAGCAAUUCUUCUGUAUCAUGCCGCUCUCUUGGCGCAUUGGAGAUGCAGAGCAGAUGUGGGGCCGGCGUCCCUGCCUCGCGCUGUCGAAUUAGCUGAGAUCAGGCCCGGGGUCAGCCACCCUGACAGAGAGCAGGAAGACUGUUUCCUUCUGCAGGCAUUUGCCAGGGCAGGGGCAGAGGCCAUUCUUUUCUCUGUCACUGAGCGCCUCAGAACCAGCUCUUGUCCCUGGAGUGAAGGGAGGAGGGUUGGUGGGGCUCCCCGGGUUUACUUGUCAUACCUGUUGCUAUUCAUGUGGCCCAUCUCCCAUUCACUUUGUCAUCUGUACCUCUUGACCACCCAGGGUGGUGUGGAGGCCUCACAGCUUCCUGGUGUAAAGGGCCUGAGAAGACAGGAAUGAUUUUUUAAAAUUUUCUGGAAUGUAGUGCCAGAUCAAAUUUAGUCUCCCUUGAGGAACUAUGUACUAUCUCAUUUCAGAUCUUGAGGACACCCUUUCAGGGAUGCUUUGAAAACAGCUCAGGGGUCAUCCAGAAUGGUGCUGGUAGGCACACCCUUCCCCUCUUGGAGUCUCAGCUUUCACAUCUGCCAAGUGGGUACAUUGGACCAGAGGCAUGGUUUCCACUUGGUGCCCAUUAAAUCCUCUGAGGAGGCCCCAAGGUUUCAGGUGGGCAAUGACAGAAGUGUUACAGGUGAGGUGGAAUGGGGGCCCUGAACCCUGCCCACUGACUCGCUGAGGCCCAGCACCCCUGCUACAUUCCUAAGCAGGAAUUUGCCAAGUGCCUUCUCCGUUCCCUGGCAGAAAACAUGACUACCGCAGGCAUUUCCCAGGAAGCUUUUAAGACCUUGUGUGCUUCUGAGAGAACUUAAGACUCGCCUUUGUUUUUGGUCCAUGAGUGGCGAUGAUGGUGACCGUGUUUGUUUGAACGGUGCUUCUGUGCCCCUGCAAGUGGGUGGACAGAGCCUGUCAUUGUUUAUAAAAGGGAGUUGGGAGCGCAGGGAGUAACUUGCCCAAAGCCCGUGGCAAGGUAGCGGCAGAGCCCGGGUACAGAUCCUUUCUGAGGGCCCCCUGGACAGCCAGGUGCAGUCUGGAAGAGUAAAUGAAUUGUCAAGAACCUGCCUGUCCCUGUUACACAAGGAGCUUGGGGUAAAUAAUACAGGGAGGGAAACAAAAAUAAACAUAAAACCACCAAAAAUGCAGGGGGGUGUUGUGGAGCCCCCCCCUUUAAAUGAUGUCACUUACUAACCACAUGGGAAACUAAAUAUUCAACAUGUGAUCUUAGCCAAAAGGCCAAGACGUGAUGGGAAACUAAAUAUUCAAGAAUAAUUUUUUUAAAACUUUGAAAGCAGAAAACAUGAUGGUGUUGCACCGUGACUGAAAAUAUUAAAGAUUUUUGCAUACAGACCAAAUCUGGGAGGGAAUGCACAGAAAUGAAGAUGAUGAGAUUACAGUGAUUUGUAAUGAGAAUAAAAACAAUUACUGAGUACUUACCAUGGCU